GGACCCCCGGUGCCCCCCACGCUCCUCCGGCGCUUCCCACGCCCCGGGCCUCCCGUGACGUCCCGGCUUCCUCUGCCGGCCCUGCGUCACUGCGGGAGGAUGUCGCCACUCGCUCUCCCCGUGCCGUUCUCCAUGGAGCCGCAGCGCUUCGCGUCCUCCUGCGGGCACCUUCCCACUUUAAAGGCCGAGCCGUGCUGGUUUUGGGGACGUUUUGGGGACCUUCCCCGUCCUUUGUGUCCCCUCGGGGUGUACGCACACAUGGGGUGAGGGGUGAUGCCCCGGGGUCUUUGGGGCCACGGUCGUGUCGCAGAGCAGCGUUUAGGGUUUUUUUUCCAUCAGACCUUUUCCUGCUUGAUUUUUCCCAAGGGGACGGGGAGCAGCAGCUUUCUGAGUGUAUCGCAUUUUGGGGCGCAUCUGGUGCUGGCACAUCGUAAAUCAGCCCUUCAUCCCGGUCUCGCUUGCUCCCUGUGUUGCAAAGCCCGGUGCUCUUUCAGCACAACGAUUUGGGGUUUUCUCCCGGGAUGCUCUGGGCAGGGGGACCAGCCCGUGCCCGGACCCACUUGCGGCCACCUUCCCCCCGAGGGGCGCUCAGCACCUCGCCACGAACCGGGACGUGGCCGGGCAGCCUUCCCUGCACGCCUCCCCUGUCUCCCGCAGGCCACCAAGCAGUUCCUGGAGGAGAUCAACAAGUGGACGGGCCAGUACAAUGUGUCCCCGCUCUCCUGGAACGUGGCCGUCAAGUUCCUCAUGGCCCGCAAGUUCGACGUCCUGCGGGCCAUCGAGCUCUUCCACUCCUACCGGGAGACGCGGCUGAAGGAGGGCAUCGUGAAGCUGAAGCCCCACGAGGAGCCGCUACGCUCGGAGCUGCUCAGCGGCAAGUUCACCAUCCUGAGCGUGCGGGACCCCUCGGGGGCUUCCAUCGCCCUCUUCACCGCCAAGCUGCAUCACCCCAGCAGGAGCGUGCAGCACGUGGUGCUCCAGGCACUCUUCUACCUGCUGGACAGAGCGGUGGAGAGUUUCGAGACGCAGAGGAACGGGCUGGUGUUCAUCUACGACAUGGCCGGCUCGCAGUACACCAACUUCGAGCUGGACCUCAGCAAGAAGAUCCUCAACCUGCUCAAGGGAGCCUUCCCGGCGCGGCUGAAGAAGGUUUUCAUCGUGGGAGCGCCCAUGUGGUUCCGCGUGCCCUACUCUAUCAUCAGCCUGCUGCUCAAGGAGAAGCUGCGUGAGAGGGUGCAGAUGGUGAAGAUGUCGGAGCUGAAGGAGCACCUGCCCCGCGAGUGCCUGCCCGAGACCCUGGGCGGCUGCCUCAAGCUGGACCCCCUGAGCUGGAACUGCCGGUUCCUGCCGCAGCAGAACGGCCACCCCGACCCCCUGGACGAGCUCAUCCUGGUGCCGCUGGUGGCCCCCAAGGACAACGGCUCCGUGCACGUCCCCGGCCCCAGGUCGGUCACCCUGCCCGAGCUGCUGGAGCACGUCGGCCGCAAGCAGAAGCGCGGCAUCUACGAGGAGUACGAGGAGAUCCGGCGCAGGAGCCCCGUCGGGACCUUCUCCUGCUCCUUGGCACCCUACAACCAGGAGAAGAACCGCUACGGGGACGUGCCCUGCCUGGACCAGACCCGCGUCAAGCUGGCCAAGCCCUACAGCCGCCCGGAGCUGACCGACUACAUCAACGCCAGCUUCAUGGACGGCUACAAGCAGCGCAACACCUACAUCGGGACGCAGGGGCCCCUGGAGAACACCUACGGGGACUUCUGGCGUAUGGUGUGGGAGCAGAACGUCCUGGUCAUCGUGAUGACGACCCGGCUGGAGGAGGGCGGCAGGAGGAAGUGCGGCCAGUACUGGCCCCUGGAGAAGGACUCCCACAUGUCCUUCGGGGCCCUGACCGUCACCAACCUGGGCGUGGAGAACCUCGGCCACUACAAGAAAACCAUCCUGGAGAUCCACAGCUCUGAGGGCAAGGAGCGGCGGCUGCUCUCCCACUUCCAGUACCUGAGCUGGCCGGAUUACGGCGUCCCCUCCUCGGCCGCCACCCUCAUCAACUUUUUGGGGGCGGUGAAGCAGCAGCAGAGGGUGGCCGUGAGCGCCUUGGGGCCGCGCUUCAAGGGGCACCCCGGGGGCCCCCCGCUCGUGGUGCACUGCAGCGCCGGCAUCGGCCGGACAGGUACCUUCUGCGCGCUGGACAUCUGCCUGUCCCAGCUGCAGGACGUGGGCACGCUGGACAUCCAGCAGACGGUGCUGCGCAUGCGGACGCAGCGAGCCUUCAGCAUCCAGACGCCCGAGCAGUAUUACUUCUGCUACACCGCCGUCCUGGAGCACGCCCGGCGCCAGGGGCUGCUGCCCGACAAGGGCUCGCCGGGACGCUGAGCCCCCCCCGGGCAGCAGGACCCCCGCGGCCCCGCGCUCGGACUGUGCCUUACCGCCACCAAACCGGGGCGAGACGAGGUGGGAAGGGGUUUGGGGAGGUGCUUUUUUUCCUUUUUUUUUUUUUUUUUUUUUUUUUUAAAUUUUUCGGUGGGACCACCAGAAACGUAUCGAGAGGGGCUCCGUGGGGAAGCCCUGGAGGGGGUGUUUCCAGCGGCGGGGCUUAGGGAGCGGGGCCUCCUUCAGCCCCACCUGUCCGUGUGUCCGUCUGUCCGUGUGUGUAUAAUACACCCCCCUGCGCCCCGUCUCAGAUGUUUCACAGAUAUCUAUGUACGUGCACAGCCCCUCGGGGGUCCCGGUGCCCUCUCCCCGGAGCAGUGAGCCCCCCCGGCCCUGCUUUCCCCUCCUGCCCCUCGUUGCCCCCCGGGGGGCUCAGCAGCAUCCCCCUGUGCUUCCCCUCCUGCAGCCCCAGGAUGCCACUGGAGCCCCCGGGGGGGAUCCCACAGCCGUGCCCCAUCCCUUGGGGCACAGACGCUAGGUACGAGGAUUUGGGGACGUGGGGACAACCGGCUUGCCCGGUUGGGAUGUCACUGGCACGGCCCAGCCCCGUGGUGACUCAGGGGAGGAUCACCCCAGGAGGACGCUCAGCCCUCGGCGGGCACCCGUAACUUUAUACUGUAAUAAGCUCUCGGAAUGUGUAUAUUCUUAUUUUUUUAUAAUCUCGGGGGGAAGAGGAGGAUUUUUUUUCCUUUUUUUUUUUUUUGUAUUUAACAUUAACUUGAUCCAAGCAGGAGCCAGAAGGAUUUGUAAAUGUUCCUAUUUUGCUCUCAUUCGGAGAAAGGUUUUUUUUUGUCGUUAUUUUGGGGGUUUUUGUUCUUUUUUUUUUUUUGUUGGUUUGUUCUGAUUUGUACCAACACCAAAAUACACCACGAGCAUCCCGUCCUCUCGGCUCUCUGGGUGGAGGUGCUGGGGGGCGGGAGAGGAGCGGGAGGGAGCUGAGGGCGCCUGGGGUGUGAUGAUGAGAGCGGAGCCUUCCUCCCCACCCCGAUAACGGGGGUGCUGGUGCCUCGCAGGGCCCCAUUCCCGGGGUGUGCCUCACGUGGGGUGCCCAGGUGAGCGAGACGGGGGGGAUCCUGGGUGGCUGUGGGGGAUUGAAGGUGGCAAUGCCCAAGGGGGUGAGGGUCCAGGAGCUAACGGGGCUGCGGGCAGCUCUCCUGGGCGUGGGGUAACAGCAGGAGGGGCGGUAAUGGGGUGCGCUCAGUCCUAGGUAAUGGGGUGCGCUCGGUCCUAGGCCAUGGGACGCGCUCGGUCCUAUUACUGCCCCAUGCAACACUCGUGUGAUGGUAGCAGAGACUUAAGGAAUGGAGCCGGGCACUUGCUCGUGUCAUGUCUCUGGCAGUGCUUGGAGAAUCUGGGGAGUUUUCCCAUGGUUUUUGUCAAAACCACUGCCGCAAAGGGGCCCGGCGAGCCCUGGGGCCUAGGGGCCAGCACCACCAGGCCGCACGGUGCUGAGGGUGGUGAAUAAAGAGGUGCUGCUGCUUC